AGCGAUAGAGGUCGGUUAACAGAUAUAAAAGCUAGGUCACUUCGUGGAUUCACAUCAGAAGCAUUUGAAAAGUCGCAUACGAUAUACAAGAAGCAGAGCUCAAACCGGAAGCCGAAGAUGUCUCGCUACGUAAUUCUUCUUCUCCUCAUCGCCGUUUCCUACAUUGCCUUGAACAACGCCCAGGGUUGCGGCCCGAACGAGCGUUUCACCAGUUGUAAAAGUGCAUGCCAGGCAACGUGUAAAAACCCAAAUGUUUACUGUAUUGAGGAAUGCAUGGGAGACGGAUGCGAGUGUAAACCAGGAUAUGUAAGAAACUCCAAUAACCAGUGUGUCUUGCAGUCGCAAUGCUAAUAAUAAGGACGUUCUUCAUCGCAUUGGCUACCAUAGAAAAUUCGUGAACGAAGAUUCAUUCAGGGAUAUGGUAGACGAUUAGUAACAAUUCACAUUUAAAACCUCGAACACAAUUUUUGAACGCUGUUAUAAAAAUUAAACGUCGAAUCAUGUCUCUGUGUGAUAGUCAACGCGUUAUUAAUCUCAGGACCGAGCAUUCAGGAAAAAUAUUGUACCGCAACCGAUUCUACUAAUUAAAGAGCUUAUUCAAAUAAUUCAAUA